GUGGGUUUCGGCGCCGGAGGAGGUGAGGGGUGGGUCUGCCUGCCGCAUAGCGAUGGAGGGCUUGAUUUCCCCACCACCCCUCGGUCAUCCUUUUCCUGAUUCUGUUUUUAUUUCUUCCACGGGGCGAGCGCUCGGGGAGCCGGCGGGGGCCGCUCGGCGGCGGCUCCCCGCGUGCUCGGGGAGGUGGAGCAGCCCACGGAGCGCCGCGUCCCCGCCGCUCCCGCAGCAUCAGCCGCAGGCGGCUCCCGGAACGCGGCCAGCCUCCCGCAAUCCUCCGUGGGCAGCCGCAUCGGAUCCCCGCUGCCGGGCUAGGGGGGCUUCACCCCGGGACACCCCCCCAAAAGAGGUUUAGGGUUUUGGGGGGGGGGGGGGGGGGUGGUCGCGCCGCGGGCGAGAAGAGGCCGGGAUUUAGCGGAGCGGAGAUGCUGCCCUGGCGCCGGAGCAAGUUCGUGCUGGUGGAAAAUGAACGUAAGUGCAAAGGCAAGAGCCUGGGGCCGGGGCUGAGCUACGCGGCGCUGCUGGCCGGGUUCCUCCGCUCCUGCCCGGACCUGCUGCCCGAGUGCCCGCUGGAGCGCCUGGGCAGCGUUUUCCGCGGCAAGCGGCAGAAAGUGGAGCUCAACAAGGAGGACCCGACGUACACGGUGCGGUACCUGGGCAACGCCGUCACCCUGCACGCCAAGGGCGAGGGCUGCACCGAGGAGGCGGUGGGCAAGAUCUGGGCCAAGAGCGAGGCGGGCGCCGGCGGGGCCAAGAUGAAGCUGACGCUGGGCCCUCACGGCAUCCGCAUGACGCCCUGCGAGAAGGGAGCCCGCCGGCCGGGCCACGCGUACCUGCUGCACCGCAUCACCUACUGCGCCGCCGACCGCCGGCACCCCAAGGUGUUCGCCUGGGUGUACCGGCACCAGGUGAAGAACAAGGCGGUGGUGCUGCGCUGCCACGCCGUGCUGGUCUCCAAGGCCGACAAGGCGCGCGCCAUGGCCUUGCUGCUCUACCAGACCUCGGCCUCGGCCUUCAACGAGUUCAAGCGCCUGAAGAGACAGAGCGAUUUCCGCCAUGUGCAGCAGCAGCUGCUGGGCGACGCCUUCGUGCCCUUGGUGCCGCUCCGCCGGCUGCUCAACGCCAAGUGUCCCUACCGCCCGCCGGCCGAGCGGGCCCGCUGCGCCCCUCGCCUCAGCUCCAUCCUGGAGGAGGAGGAGGAGGAGGCCUUCGGCGCCGCCACGACGCCUUUGGGGGACGCCGAGCGAGCGGCCGUGCUGCGGCUGGCCAGCGACAUGAGGGGCUGCAGCCUGCGCGGGCCGCGGGCCGCCGUGUGCUGAGGCGCCCUCGCUGCGCCCCAAAGCGCUGCUGGACCCUCCUCGGGGAUCAAUCUGGACCCUCCUCGGGGAUCAAGCCGGACCCUCCUCGGGGAUCAAGCCGGACCCUCCUCGGGGAUCAAGCCGGACCCUCCUCGGGGAUCAAGCCGGACCCUCCUCGGGGAUCAAGCUGGACCCUCCUCGGGGAUCAAUCUGGACCCUCCUCGGGGAUCAAGCUGGAUCCUCCUCGGGGAUCAAGCUGGACAAGACGGCGGCUCCCUUUGCAGGAAGACCCGUGCUGAGGGUGGGUUUGCACCCCAGGGACCCCCCCACCCCGCCCGGCCCUGCACAUGAACCUGCUCUCGUGCCUCCUCCGCAGCGGCCGUGAUAAUAAAAUUAAUGUGUGUUUUC